AUGCCUACCGAGUUGAAUUGGUCAUCUGGAAUCCGCCCUUCGGAUCGGGUUUUUGUACGAUGCUUUCUCGAGUCGUACAGUCGGUCCAUUUUCCGCAUUCACCGCGAUGUGACCAGCUUCCUUGAGAACUAUGGCACUGAGCCUAGAAGCCUAUACUGCAUACAUAACAAAUGUUCUGGGACUAGACGCGAACCUUGUGGGCUUCCUCGAAAUGUUCCCAGACUGAUGUUCUUGAUGGAUAGGUCGCAACCUCGACGAAAGACUUUUCGGGGUUCGCAAUUAUCUUCAGAUGGUCUAGAAGGUCUUGUUGACGAGGAUAACGCGGUCUUCAUCUCUGCAGCGGAAGCAUUCUUGGAAGGCAGUGGAUCAUCCCAGAAACGAGCUUGGGUCGAUAAGAUUCUGUUUGCCCAUGGGCUGUUGUCCCGUUGGGCAGUGGUUAAGUCCUUCGUGAAGGGCAAAAUCCGAGAGGAUGCCGUCUCGAAGGAAUCGUUCAUUGACGUCGGCUCUUAUUGGGCAUCUGGCCUCAGCGUGCCACGCACACGGUUGGGAUGGAGAUCUUUGCCAAGCCACCCUUCGAGCCUUUCCAACCAUACGACGCCCGAUGAAGCCCGUGCCACUCUGAUAAUUGCGGCCAGCAUCUGUUCCAAGCCUCGGCGAUGUCUUUCCAGCACCGCAAAGUCCCAUAAAUCCGGUGCCACUCAGUCGUGGGCGGUCAACAAAGACUUGUUGAAGGAAGCCGUCUCUAUAACCGAAUUUAAGGCUGAAAUCCCCGAUAUGAGGAUCUUCCGUUCCGUCUAUAUCGGAAAGAAUGCAUCCGAUCAUGAGAACAUCGCAGUUCCCCAAUAUUCUUCUAUCGACUCUGUGCCAAAACAUCCGAAAGGCGCAAAGUCAACCGACGCUUCCCGCACUAUAAACUGUAUCGCAAGAAUGGCUGCUGCUGGAAGGAGGGACCCAUUUUCAGCUUGGAAAGACACUGCGACGUAUGUUGAUCUCGUUCUGCCCAAACGAAAAGCCCAUCCCGAGGUUUCUCGAUGGCUAUCUCGAUGGCCCGAACUGGGGGUCGCACAACAGCAGUCUUUUCAAGAACCAUUCGAGGCUAGUCAGGGAGUUCCUUCUGGAUUUAUGGCUACUGAACGGGUAAUGAUCAGAGAAGCGGCGUCGGUGAUGGCUGGAGAAGCUGACACAGAUGCACAGAAGAUGUCUCUCGAUAUGACCAUCUCACUUGAGCAGAAUGAAGGACAACAAGGAGCCCCGAUACUGGCGCUGUGGAACGGGCGUGAGAUGCUAGAGGAGAAGACGUUCGCAGAACAACUCCGAGCGAUAAACAGAUUGACGCGUCACCACAGGACUAUCGAAGUAAUCGAAUUCUACUUCGUACCUUGUGUUUUUUGCGAUUACUUUGUCACCAUGUCCUGGAGCUCAUCCGCAUUCGCCUUCCUCGACCUAAUCCCCUAUAGGGAUAAGCGCUACAUUCCACUUGGUACCAGGGGAGAUGUCUGCUGUUUCCUUUUACAGCUGGAAAGAGGCUUACUUCCAGCGGCGGCGUCACUUUUGUUUAAUCUUAUCUACAAAGCUGCUCGCCGAGUCGGCGCACAAGUGACUCCCAGAGCAGCACGGGGUAAGUUCUCUGCGAUCCGACUGCACAGACCCCAUAAUUUGCGCGCUCAGGGUGCUCUCAAUCAGCGAUGCGCCAUCUUCCUGAUACAGCUCGGACAAAGUCAGCCCAACCAUACACUACGCACCGAGUUUGACGUGAAAAGCCACACAAUGGCUGUACCCCUCGGCCAUGAAGGAGGAACAAUCACCUUUUCUCUCCAGCCACAUUACAAUAUGAUACAGGCAGUUGGAAGACUUCUCCGUGUGGGACAGAGGCAGAUUGCAUUACCGACGCCAUCAACACCCACGCGAAUGAAAUUGGCCUCGGUUAGUGCUUUCAAUAGCGCAAUCCAGAAACAUGCUAUGCCGCAAGUUUGCCUUUCCUGCGAAAUGUGCCUCAUUAAGCGCUAUGAAUCUGCGGGAGCGCCCAGCGUUAAUCGUUGUGGGUAAGUUGCCUCUUCUCUUUGAAAAAAAAAAAAGCGCCCAAACUUCAACGUCUAUGCGAACGGCUAGUCGGAUAGAUUUGGAUCCAGGGUAGAAAGGCUAUAUUCUACUGAAGCGGGUUCUGAGCCUGUCCACAAUUUGAUAAGCCAGACUGAAAGCCAUCCCACCCGAUGACUGUUAGAGAAUGGUUGAGUGCACACAUGCAAGGGGACGGUGAUUAUGCCAACAAAGAUGAUGGCGGCCCACUGUCCUUACUCGAUGGAGGCGUAUUUCAAACUGUUAUCUCCAGUUCUAUGGCCCCUGCAAUCCGUCGGACCCAAUCUUUCCAGAUGGAAUCAGAUCCGAGAAACCAUCGAACAUAGGCUCUCCCUACGCGGAGUCAACACAAUUAGAACCUACUGCGAACCAUUCUUUCUCAGCG